GCUUCCCCUCAGUGCUGCCUGGGUGCCCUGAGCCCCCAGGCCCGCCGCGGGAGCCGAAGGGCCGCGAGGGGCUCCCUCUGCGUGUCAGGAGCCUUAAGUGGGCCGGUAGUGCCUCCUGGGGGGCUGGGGCUUGGACGUGCAGCUGUGAGGAAAGUGUUGGUAGCAACAGACGACGUUUGAAAACUUUCUUUUGUUUGUGGUCCGGUGCUGUCCCUAGACCUGCUACUGGUUUAUCUUCUGUCAUAGCAGGGUGUGACAUUCUUGUGCUGCCCAUUUGGUAUCUUCGGUAUCUUAUUUAAUCACUGGGACAGGCCUGAAUUUCCUUAUCUCACAACCUUCUCUUCCCACAAGUGUUUCCUUCCUCAUCCUGAAGUAUAAUUGUAUUUUAAUAGUUGUGUUGUGUCCACGCCACCCAAUGCGGGGCGUUUCCUCACUUGACAGCAAGAGGCGUUCCCGUUGCCUGGAUUAGGGCAAUUAGCAGACGUGGGGACAGAGUUUGGGCUGUGACAAGGCUGGAAGUCGAUCCAGCAGCAGCUGGGGCGAUGCUGAGACCUCAGAGACAUCUGACAGUGAGACAAACACCCAGGGAAAAUCGUGUAAUGCCGUAUCCUCGUAUGAACCUGAGUGCCUGCAAUUGCCAUUAACUUAAGCUGCAUGAUGAGCUUCUGAAGAUCAAGCCUCUGGUUUCGGAUGCAGUCUGAGUCUGAGAAGUAUGAAGAAGAGAUGCCUUCUCUGCACUGGGGUAUAGAUCCUGUAUUUUCUGCAUUUGCAAGACUCUAUAUUAAAGAUAUUACAGAAAUGAGAGAAUCUAUACAGGUGCCAGGUAUAUUCUUUUAUAAUGGACAUCCAAUAAGACAGGUGGAUGUUGUUGGGAUAGUGGUUCAAACAAAGGAGCGAGAUGCCUUUUAUAAUUGUGGAGUGGAUGAUAGUACUGGAGUUAUAAAUUGUGUCUGCUGGAAAAAUCCCAUGGUAGCAGAAACACCUUUAUCAGGUCAUCCAAGCACACCCAGCAGUGUCAGUGUGUUUGAACAGCUGAAGAAACUCCAAGAAACAGUAAGCCAGAAAACCAAGCUGGAGAUUGGAGAUGUUGUCAGGGUCAGAGGUCACAUCCGAACCUAUAGGCAACAAAGAGAAAUUCAGGCUUCAUGUUUUUAUAAAGUGGAUGAUCCUGUGUGUGAUGUCCAGAUUUCAAGAAUGCUGGAGCUCCCCUGUCUCUAUAGAGAAGUUUAUGAUAAACCAUUCAAGGGCCCUGAGGAAAUACAGAGUGGCCUGGAGGCUCAGAAUUUCUCAAUCCAUAUGCUGCAUGAGAAAGUGCAAGGCUUUCUAUUAGAAAACAAAAUUCAGACCUUUUACCAGCAGGAGUUGGAGACAGUUGAUUCUCUGGUGUCUCUGAUGGGUGUGCACCUACCCAGCCCCAGCUGUGAGGAGGUGAAAUCAGAAAGUAACUCCAGUUCCAAAAGGAUUCACAGUGUUUUUAAGGAAGCAAUAAAGAUGCUACAAGAAAAAGGAGUGGUUUUCCAGAAACCUAGCAUCUCCAAGGACUUAUACUAUGUGACUGAGCACGAUAAGGAGCUGUUUAAAGUGACCCUUGAUGUGAUUAAAGAAGACUGUCGAAAACCCAGGCAUGCUGAAAAAGGCUGCCAUUUCCUUCAUGUCCUGAGCUGUGUUCGGCAGAGCUACAACCCCUCUCUGCCUGAAGUGGUGAUGCACCGUGUCUUGGAACUACUGGAGAGUAACAGUGAUGUUGUCAGCACUAUGGAAGGAUAUUUCAUGGUAUUUUAAAGAGAAAAGAUAAAAAGAGAGGUUGAGAGACUGUGAGAAGCUGUAAUUAUCUGGUGUGAUCUAGAUAGUGGAUAAAAAAGAGCCUUUUGAUUCUCCAAAUGCUAUUUUUGUCCAGCUUCAGAGAAAUUGUUCAAAUACUUGUUUUAAUAUUCUUCCUGACAGCCUUGCUAUUCCUAGUGAAAGUGGUAUCAAACUGAUUCUGGACAUUCUAAUCUAGCAGGGAAACUGGAAAAGAAACUGUGCUCUUGGAGUAGUAUGAGACAUUCACCAUCCUCACAUUUGCAUCCAGUGGGCCUACAAAAAGUUUCUGCUAAAGAUCACUGUUUACAGCAGUGGUCAUCUCAGGAGAUAUUUUUCUGGCUUAAAGACUGAUCUUGCUAGGUUUCAUAUGGUAAUAGCUGUGGAUCUUUCUUUUUAUGUGAACUUGUGACACCUAGAGAUAGGACACACAAACAGAGGGAUUGCCUGUCCUUCCUGGCAGUGCUGGUGCAUCUUUGUCUGUGAAUAUGUUCCUCAAUCUGGACAGCUUUCCCACUACUAAAGCAAUCCUCACCAUCCUCUGUAAAGUAAUAUUCAGGAAUGGGGUCCUGCAUCCCUUCCCCAUCCUGCAUCCCUUGCCCAUUGGUUGUCAAGCAUGUCUGCAUUCCUCUGCAUUCCCGUCUGUGCUACUGAUGCCUGUUGUUGUGUUUCUCUUCAGACCAGAAUUCUCAAAAUCAGCAAAACUUUGCUUCCUAGAUCACAAAUGGUAAAAUAUAAAUUAGAUGCUUUGAAAAAGAAAACACAGAAGCCAUUGAGACCCACUGUAAUUGCCUCUGCCUGUUAUUUUUUUUGUGUAUUUUAUUCUUCGUCACUUUUGUGGUAAAAUACUGCCCAUAUCUGUGCUUGCAGAAGAACACAUGGCAUAGAUGAAACAACAUUGGCCUAAAGAAGGUUACCAUGCAAGAUGUUUGAUCUGGAAUAAUUAUAACUCUGUUAUGUGCAACAGUUAAAAAGCAAAGUUGUUCAAUAUUUAUGCUUAGAGAGGGCUUGCUACUGCAGGGGCUUGUCUGUUUAAUUAAUCUGUUUAAUUUAUGGUGUGGAGGUGAGACCUUUAACUUGAAAAGAGUACAAAAGAUU